AUAUAUAUCAUACUAACCCGGGUUCGAUUCUCACCUUCGCAUUGUUUUUUUAUUUUUUACGAAAAAAAUGAGAUGACAUGGCAAUUUCGGGUUCUCUGAUUGGUUGAUUUUUCUAUCCUAUGUGGACACCCUCUCCAUGGCUUAUAUCCCCCUUUUAGUAUAGUAUAGAUUUCGUAAACGAUGUAACUGACAAGAUGUUGUCAUUUGUGGUUUACUUUUUGUUACCGUGGACUUGAGUGUAAAAUUAAAUAGGAAAGGUAAUGAUAAUAACCAAAAUCCUUUACACGCCUUUGCUUGGAAUGUGUUUUUUUUAAUCUCAAACUUACAUUAAACAUAUAUACAAUUAUACGAAAUAUUGUGACAAAAAAAUACAAUUAUACGAAAUAAUUCUUAGCUUGAAGCUUUAUUUUAAGUUGUCUAUGAGUUCGCCAAAACUAAUCUGAUAGAGAAACCAAUGUAAAGAGGAAUUGUGUACAUAAAUACUAUAAGCGAUAAAAAAUAAUAAUGUGCUUAUAAUAAGACUUCUGAAAUUCUUGGUAAUAUUUAAAAAUUAAAUGAUACACUAGCAUAUAUGGUUUGUUAAAAAGAUAUACAUCAUUAGCUAAUCCAUUUUUAUUACAUAUAAACACUUGCCAAAUACCAAUAUUUGAAUGAGAAUUGUAUAUCUAAUUUAUUAAUUUAGGAAUUUUUUUCACCUAUUGUUUACCUUUUGUCAUUUAAGUUUUGGACAUUAUCAAAAAUGUUACAGUCUAAUUACACACUAUCAUCAGAACUAUUUAGACUAAACCAACGUGGUAACAUAAAACUAAACUAACACCAUAUUAAAUAUAUAUUCGGUUAUCUACUAUUUUAGAAAGCAAAGGACAUAUUCAUAUUGUAUAAAUACGAGAAAAUUUAAAUAAUGGUGAUGUGAAAACAAGAGGAAAUAUUCUUCUUUUGGUUACUUUCAAAAAUUCCAUAUCCUUAUUCAAAUCCAAGCGUUCGAAUUGAACUCGAAUUUUUUUCAGAUUCCCAACAUUUUUAUAUAAACCAAACUAAAAACUGAAAUAACUAAAACAAAUCCAAACCCAAAUUCAUAUAUAACCGAACAGUUCUUAUAUUUCAUGAAUCAAAAAUUAAAAACCAUAAUUGAAUCAAAACCAAACUGAAAAUCAAAAAAUACAAUCUGAAAGAGAACCGAAGCGCCUAAACAUAAUAUUAGCGAACAAACAUAAAUAAUUACACGCUUUCAAAGCGCGGGUACUAUCCUAGUUAUUGUUUAAAAUGGAAGAAAAAGAUUUUUUAUGUUCAAGUCAAAAUGUUUUAAGGCAAAACUGGAAAUGCCAUUAAUGGCUAUUAUUUGAUUCAUUGAAUAAUACAAAAAAAAUCUAAGGCUGUUUAUGAUUCAAAAUCUAAGACGGUUAAGAUGAAUUAAGCUAGAUCUAAAGGCUCUUAUUCUUCUUGUAGACAACACCAUAUCAUGUUGAAAUCCUUAUAAAUAGAGGCUCUCUCUUAUGCUGUUCGUCACUACCAAUUAUCAAUAAUCAGUAUAUUUGUUACUUCAACAUAUUCUAUCAGUAUAGUUUUUCCUGUAUCUCCAUUCACCGAUCUCUCUUGUUUCUUCUUUUCUUUUGAAAGCUGAGCUACUUCUCAUCAUUUCUUGUCUUUCAAAUGACUUACUUUUGCAAUGGAUGAGUCUACUCCAAUCGAAGCUACACCGUUCAGCUAUCUAAUCCCGAGCUUUGCUGACGAUGAUGACAAUCUGAUGGAGAACAUCACAUCACCAACUUUCCAAGGGGUUACACCACUUCAAACCGUUGAUGAUGAGACCCCUUACACAACACCACCCGCUAAUGAGGAAAACUACAACACACCACCCUCUCAACCUCUAUUACUGGCCACACCACUCAGCUCCGCUUCACCAUCUGAUGAAUCCAACACUGCUCCUGUCGAUCCCAACAUGGGUCCUAUCAAAAGAGGACGAGGCCGACCAAAAGGUUCAAAGAAUUCAAAGCCGUCCAAGAAGAAGAUGGAAACCUCUCAUGAUCCCAACAAUGAAGUGGUUGUAUCUGGUCACAAUGACGAAACUCACAACACAUCAUUCUCCCCUCAUCCUCCUCUAGUGGCCACAGAUCUUCAAGCUAUUGUACCAUACGAUGACUCCAACCACGACUCUUUGGCUGAUGAUGAUGCUGCUCCGAGUAGCGAUCCUCUUAAAAGAGGACGGGGCCGACCAAAGGGUUCGAAGAGCGCCAAGACGCCUGUGAAGAAGCUGAAACCCCAUAAUCCCGACGAGAAAAUGGUAAUAUUUUGUCCGAGUUUUGACUCGAUGAUAACCGAAGAGGUGAAAGAAAAUGGGAAUGAAGAGCUGGUGGACUCCGUUCGGAUGCGUUUCAACGCCGUUUGUCGUCACUUAGGCCACGUAAGCUGCGAGAAAGCUGUGGUCACAACUGCCUUCAGUAGGUUUACCAAUCUGGGUGUCAGGACUAACAAGAAGAAGAGAAUCGGUCCGGUUCCGGGGGUACAACCAGGAGAUAUAUUCUACUUCUGGGGAGAGAUGUGUUUGGUUGGACUUCACACUCAGAUGCCUGCUGGUAUCGACUAUCUACUAGCAAAAGAUGGUGCAGCAGAAGGCUUAACAACAAGUGUCAUUACAUCAGUAGGACAUUACAACGACAAAACGGACGAGCUUCAUUUUUUGGUAUACACCGGGCAAGGAGGAACGUGUAAGGAUGGUAAACCUAGAGAUCAAGAGCUUACAAGAGGAAACCUAGCGUUGAUCGCAAGUCAGAAAAGAGGAAAUGAAGUUAGAGUGAUUAGAGGUAUAGUAGAUCCGCGCGAUGAAAAAAGGAAAGUAUAUAUCUACGAUGGUCUCUAUGUGGUAACCUAUUAUUGGAUAGAGAAAGGGACCACCGGCUUUGAUGAAUUCAAGUUUAAUCUUGUGAGACAACAAGACCAGCCUUCUGGUUUCGCCACGUGGAAGUUAGCUGAAGAAUUGAUGAAGUGUGGUUCGAGUAAUUUGUUGAGGAAGGGUUUUGUGUUUGGAGAUAUUUCUCUUGGAUUGGAGGCGUUACCAGUUCCGAUCGUGAACGAGGUCGAUGAGAACGACAAGGAGUGGCCUCUAGACUUCAACUACAGAGUCUCUUCGAAAAAUUUAAGCAUGAUGAUAGUUCCAAACCAUCAAUCUACUGGAUGCAACAACACUUGUAAAGGUGGUCAGUCAUGUGGAGAUCCGACAUGUUCUUGUAUUCAAAGAAACGGCGGCGACUUACCGUAUGAUAACCACAUUUUACUAUAUCGCAAACCGAUGAUCUACGAAUGCAGCGACCUUUGUGCUUGCCCCGAGGACUGCAAGAGCAGGCUAACUCAAAGCGGUUUGAAACUCCGGUUGGAAGUGUUUAAGACGAAGAGCUGUGGUUGGGGGUUGCGUUCGUGGGAGCCCAUACGAGCCGGGACUUUUAUCUGCGAGUUGGUUGGCACAGCUAAGGGAAGAGAUGAGAUUGAAGAAGACGACGAGUACAUCUUCGACACCUCUCGAGUUUACAAAACGUUUAGGUGGAACUACGAACCGGAACUUGUGGGUGAAGACUGUUGGGAAGAAGUCUCUGAAGUUUAUAAACUUCGGUCGGAAAUCUUGGUUAGUGCGAGAGCGUUUGGUAACGUUAGUCGGUUCAUGAACCAUAGCUGCUUGGCUAAUGUUAUGUGGCAGCCUGUUGAGUAUGAAACGGAUGGCCAACCUUUGGUUAAUAUUGUCUUUUUUGCAAAGAGACAUAUAUCUCCGUUGACAGAGUUGAGAUACGAUUAUGGAAUGUCUUAUGAUACUGGAGAGAUCGAUGAAGGUGGAAGCAAGGUUUUUACAGGUAAAAGGGCUUGCUUGUGUGGUUCGGAAAAUUGUCGUGGUUCUUUUGAGUGAGGUUGAACAUUUUUAUUAUUACUGUUGUUGUCUUUUCUUUUCUGUUGUUUUGAUUAUUGUGGUCUUGUGUUUCCUUUUAAUCAUUCAGAAUAAAAAACUUAUUUAAGUUUUUAAUCAUAUUGUAUGUUAUUUCAUUAUUAGUUAGAUUUGUAUCAUAAGAAAUCCAAUUCAUGUUUAAGUUAAGCCAAUUAAUAUAAGUCAUUUCUAGUCUUUUAUUCUUCAAGUUUUGAGAUUGAAAAGAUAAAUAAGACUUGAUAAAAAGAUAAAUAAGAAAAGAAGAUCCUUUUAUAAAAAUAGACUUGAUACAAAAGACAAAAUAAGAAAAAAAUAAUAUUUUUUUCAGAAACAUAUUAUUUUUAUAAAAAAGAAGUUUAUUGAAAUUGUAAUUUUCUCAAAAAGUAAAUUUGAUGUUUGUGUUAUCAUUUUAUAUAUGUAGUGCUAUUUGUUUUGAUAAUAUUUUGUCUAAGCAUUUAUCACUAAGAUUAGAAUAAAAAAAGAGAUUUAGUAGUUGUUUUAGUCUUAGAUAUGAUUCACGAUAGUUCUUUUGAGUGAGGUUGAAUUUCUUCUUCUUAUUGUUGUUGUCUUUUUCUUUUUUGUUGCUGUUUUGAUUAUUAUGGUCUUGUGUUUUCUUUUAAUCAUUAAGAAUAAAAAAACUUAUUUAAGUUUUUAAUCAUAUUGUUUACUUACGUUAUUUCAUUAUCAGUUAGAUUUGUAUCAUAAGAAAUCCAAAUCAUGUUUAAGUUAUGCCAAUUAAUAUAAGUUAUUUCUAUUAUUUUAUUCUUCAAGUUUUGAGAUUGAAAAGAUAAUAGGAUUUGACAAAAAAGACAAAAUAAGAAAGAAAAUAAAAUUAUUUUAGAAAAAAAAAUUUAUAAAAAAAAAAUUAUUGAAAUUGUAAUUUUAUAAAAAAGGAAAUUUGAUGUUUGGGUUAUAAUUUUAUAUAUGUAGUGCUAUUUGUUUUGAUAAUAGUUCUCUAAGCAUUUAUCACUAAGAUUAGAAUAAAAAGAAGAUUUAGUGAUUGUUUUAGUCUUAGAUAUGAUUCACUAUUGACUUCAGAACAUUAAUAGUUAUAGUUAUAUGCAAGGUUAUUUAGUUGAUUUUUUAUUUGAUAGUCUUGUGUUUUUCUCAAGCUAACAAUUAAACUCGUCAUGUGACGUAUUUCUCAAGUUUACAAAAACUUUAGGUGGAACUAUGAACCGGAACUUGUGGGUGAAGACUGUUGGGACGAAGCCUCUGAAGUUUAUAAACUUCGGUCGGAAAUCUUAGUCAGUGCGAGAGCGAUUGGUAAUGUUAGUCAGUUAUGAACCAUAGCUGCUCGGCUAACGUUAUGUGGCAGUCUGUUGAGUUUGAAAAGGAUGGCCAACCAACCUUCAGUUUGUAUUGCAUUUUUUGCAAAAAGGCAUAUACCUCCGUUGACAGAGUUGAGGGAUGAUUAUGGAAUGUAUUAUGAUACUGGAGAGGUUGAUGAAGAUCGAAGCAUGGUUUUUAGAGGUAAAAUGGGUUUGCUUAUGUGGUUCGGGAAACUGUCAUAUUUAUUUUGAGUGAAGUUGAAUUUCUUAUUAUUAUUUUUGUUGUUGUCUAUUUCUUUUUGUUGUUGUUGUUUUCAUUAUUAUGGUCAUUUGUUUCUUUUUAAUCAUUAAGAAUAAAAACUUAAUUAAGUAUUUAAUCAUAUUUUCUACUUAUGUUAUUUCAUUAUCAGCAAGAUUUAUAUCAUAAGAAAUCUAAAUCUUGUUUAAGUUAAGCUUAUUAAUAUAAGUCAUUUCUAAUCUUUUAUUCUUCAAGUUUUGAGAUUGAAAAAAAAAAUAAGACUUCAUAAUAAAAAGACAAAAUGAGAAAAAAAAUUAGAUUUUUUUUUUAGAAAAAUAGACUUGAUAAAAAAGGCAAAAUAAGAAAAAAAUAAGAUUUUUAUAGAAAAAUAUUUUUUUUAUAAGAAAAAGAAGUUUAUUGAAAUUGUAUUUUUCUCAAAAAUUAAAUUUGAUGUUUGUGUUAUGAUUUUAUAUAUGUAGUGUUAUUUGUUUUGAUAAUAUUUUCUCUAAUCAUUUAUCACUGAGAUUAGAAUAAAAAGGAGAUUUAGUGGUUGUUUUAGUCUUGGAAAUGAUUCACGAUUGACUUUAAACAAUAAUAGUUACAGUUAUAUGGAAGGUUAAUUAAUGAGUUUUUUUUAUAUGAUAGUCUUUUUUUUUUCUCAAUCUAACAAUUCAAAUAAAACUCGUCAUGUCAGGUACUUCUCGAGUUUACAAAAAAUUUAGGUUGAGCUAUGAACCGGAAGUUGUGGGUGAAGACUGUUGGGACGAAGUCUCUGAAGUUUAUAAACUUCGGUCGGAAAUCUUGGUCAGUGCGAGAGCGAUUGGUAAUGUUAGUGGGUUCAUGAACCAUAGCUGCUCGGCUAACGUUAUGUGGCAGCCUGUUGAGUUUGAAAAGGAUGGCCAACCUUUGGUUCGUAUUGCGUUUUUUGCAAAGAGGCAUAUACCUCCGUUGACAGAGAUGAGGUAUGAUUAUGUAAUGUCUUAUGUACUGGAGAGGUUGAUGAAGAUGGAAGCAUGAUAUUUAGAGGUAAAAGGGUUUGCUUAUGUGGUUCGGGAAAUUGUCAUGGUUCUUUUGAGUGAGGUUGAAUUUCUUAUUAUUAUUGUUGAAGUUUUUUUCUUUUUUUGUUGCUGUUUUGAUUAUUAUGGUCUUGUGUUUCCUUUUAAUCAUUAAGAAUAAAAAACUUUUUAAGUAUUUAAUCAUAUUGUUUACUUACGUUUUUUCAUUAUUAGUUAGAUUGGUAUCUUAAGAAAUCCUAAUCAUGUUUAAGUUAUGUCAAUUAAUUUAAUUCUUUUCUAGUCUUUUGUUCUUCAAUUUUUGAGAUUGAAAAGAUAAUAGGACUUGAUAAAAAGACAAAAUAAGAAGAAAAAGAAAAUUUUAGAAAACUAAACUUGAUAAAAAGACAAAAUAAGAAAAAAGAAGAUUUUUCUAGAAAAAUAUUUUUUUUUAUAAAAAGAAAAAGAUUAUUGAAAUUGUAAAUUUCUAAAAAAGGAAAUUUGAUGUUUGGGUUAUAAUUUUAUAUAUGUAGUGAUAUUUAUUUUGAUUUUAUUUCUCUAAGCAUUUAUCAUUGAGAUUAAAAUAAAAAAAAGAGAUUUAGUGGUUGUUUAAGUUUUAGAUAUAAUUCACGAUUGACAUCAGAACAUUAAUAGUUAUAGUUAUAUAACUUAUAUGCAAGGUUAUUUAGUUGAUUCUUUUAUAUGAUAGUCUUGUGUUUUUCUCAAGCUAACAAUUAAACUCGUCAUGUCAAAUACUUCUCGAGUUUCCAAAAACUUUAGGUGGAACUAUGAACCGGAACUUGUGAGUGAAGACUGUUGGGACGAAGCCUCUGAAGUUUAUAAACUUCGGUCGGAAAUCUUAGUCAGUGCAAGAGCAAUUGAUAAUGUUAGUCGGUUAUGAACCAUAGCUGCUCGGCUAACAUUAUGUGGCAGCAUGUUGAGUUUGAAAAGGAUGGCCAACCAACCUUUGGUUUGUAUUGCAUUUUUUUCAAAAAGGCAUAUACCUCUAUUGAAAGAGUUGAGGUAUGAUUAUGGAAUGUCUAAUGAUACUGGAGAGGUUGAUGAAGAUGGAAGCAGGGUUUUUAGAGGUAAAACGGUUUGCUUAUGUGGUUCGGGAAACUGUCAUGGUUCUUUUGAGUGAGGUUGAAUUUCUUAUUAUUAUUGUUGUCGUUUUUUUUGGUUGUUUUUUGAUUAUUAUAGUCGUGUGUUUUCUUUUAAUCAUUAAGAAUAAAAACUUAUUUAAAUAUUUUAUCAUAUUUUUUACUUAUGUUAUUUCAUUAUCAGUUAGAUUUGUAUCAUAAAAAAUCUAAAUCAUGUUUAAGUUAAGUCAAUUAAUAUAAGUCAUUUCUAGUUUUUUAUUCUUCAAAUUUUGAGAUUGAAAAGAAAAAUAGGACUUGAUAAUAAAUAGAAAAAAUGAGAAAAAAGAAGAUUUUUUAUAGAAAAAGUAGACU